GGCAACAAUAACGCGUGUUCUGCACGGUGCACAAAGCGUGCGAAAUCUGUGGAAGAUAUUUUGGUAGGCACAGAUAGCAAGAGGAACAGCUGCAGGACGACCGCGACGAAAACGGCGCAUGGAUGUUUAAGGUUAUUAUGUGACAGCAUAACCACAAAUGCGCAGACGGCGCUCAUGUGAAAAGUCGAUGAGAGAGGAU